UCGCUCCCUUUGACAGCCGCCAGCCAGAGAGCGCAGCCUGACUCGAUGUCAGGGGCUGCCUACCUGCGAGGUGCGCCAAGAUGAUGGGCAUGAGCGCCAAGCAGCCGUUCGCCAUGCACCCCGCGCUGCACGAAGCCAAGUAUUCCAGCCUGCACUCCGGCUCGGAGGCGAUGCGCCGCGUGUGCCUGCCGGCCUCGCAGCUCCAGGGCAAUAUAUUCGGCAGCUUCGACGAGAGCCUGCUGGCCCGGGCUGAAGCUCUGGCGGCGGCGGACCUGGCCUCGCACGGCAAAAGCCACCCUUUCAAGCCCGACGCCACUUACCACACCAUGAGCAGCGUCCCCUGCCCGUCCGGCUCGUCGCCCGCCGUGGCCCUCUCGGCCAGCGCCCACCACCCGCACCCCCCGCACCCCCCGCACCCAAGCCUCGACGGCGACCUCCUCGACCACCUGUCGCCCGCGCUGCUGGGCGGCCCCGAGCACGGCGCCGUCCUGGCCGCGCCGCUGCCCCCGCACGCCCACCCCCACCUGGGCCACCUGCACCCGGCCAUGGCCAGCCUGGGCCCCCCGCCGCCCCCCGCCGCCCCCUCGUGCCUGGGCGACGUCGAGUCGGACCCGCGGGAGCUGGAGGCCUUCGCCGAGCGCUUCAAGCAGCGGCGGAUCAAGCUGGGCGUCACGCAGGCGGACGUGGGCGCGGCGCUGGCCGACCUCAAGCUGCCCGGCGUGGGCUCGCUGAGCCAGAGCACCAUCUGCCGCUUCGAGUCGCUGACGCUCUCGCACAACAACAUGAUCGCGCUCAAGCCCGUGCUGCACGCCUGGCUCGACGAGGCCGAGGCCGCCUGCCGGGACAAGAACGCCAAGGCCGAGCUCUUCGGCGGCGGCGGCGCCGAGCGCAAGCGCAAGCGGACCUCCAUCGCCGCGCCGGAGAAGCGCUCCCUCGAAGCCUACUUCGCCCUCCAGCCGCGGCCCUCCUCCGAGAAGAUCGCCGCCAUCGCCGAGAAGCUCGACCUCAAGAAGAACGUCGUGCGCGUCUGGUUCUGCAACCAGCGGCAGAAGCAGAAGCGCAUGAAGUACUCCGCCGGCCACUGA